AUGAACUCUUUGACAUUACUUAAUAACAUUGAAGAUAAAGUGGUAGAAUCUGUAAACAGUGCAGGUAAAGCUCUCAACUCAUUGUCAAAAGCAUAUGAUGUUCAAAACUCUACUCAAUCAAUUCAAGACUUUAAACAAACAUCUGAUCGUUAUUUCAAUUUAGUAAAGAAUGAUAUUCAUAAAGGAUUAAUGGAAUUUGUAGACUCAAUGACAGAUGUUGCUCCAUUUGAUCAUUCUAGUUUUGGACUCAAGAGUGAAUUAGAUAUAUCACAUGAAUUUACAAAGAUUAUUCUUCAUCAUCUUGAUGAUAUAGAUUCUGUAUUUAAAGAAUAUGAUCAAUUAAAACAACAACAACAUCAACAACAACAACAUCAACAACAACAACAACAUCAACAACAAUCAUAA